CAGACUGAAUGUUGAUUUAAAGAUGGAACUUGGAAGGAACAGAGAAAUAUAGAGAGAAGAUGGUUAAGACAUCAUCUGUGAUCAUCACACUGUUAAUGCUAGUACUACUACAUCAAGUGCUUAUUGGUACUAGUAAUGCUGUAUUUCCAAGCAAUUCGAGAAAUAAUUGGAGUGAUUCUUCGUUUUUAAUAGCGGAUUAUAACGAAGAGGAGGAGAUGCUAAUGGAUUCUGAAAUAAGUAGAAGAUUUCUUGCCGGAGCUGGUAAACACAUUUCAUACGACGCCAUUGAGAAAGAUGCAGCUUGUGGCGGCGGCGGCCGAGGUAAACCCUAUGCAGGCAAGUGCCCCGACCCUAAGAAGGCAAACGAUAACACUGGGCGUCCCUGCUUAAAAAUUUACCAUUGUAGAUCAGGAUCACAAUAGCAGCUAGGGAGUAUAAUAUGUGCACCCAUCACCCGUCUGGCUGUGUAUUUAUCCUCAUCUAUGAUCUCUUUCUUCAUAUCAAGAUGUAAUUACUAGCUAUAUAUUCAAUUUAGACUACUGUAUGUCAAGAGCCUUGCUCAUGAUGUUAUUAUAAAUGUUUAAUCCAAAUAAAAAAUAAUUCAAAGAUUUAGUAGAAA